AUGAAAACACCAGGCACUGGCUCUAGCGCCAACCAUGCACGUUAUGUCUGCAGAUCUUGCAAAACGCGGAAGCGAAAAUGCAAUAAAGCCUUGCCCGGAUGCUCUUCAUGCUCUAAGAGGAAUGUAACGUGCGAAUACUCCCGGCCGAAUUCAAUCCGCCAUUCCGCCUUUUCAUCCGCCUCCAGCGACCUACAAUGGAACCGCCUUUCUGUCGAUGAAGGUACUCCUAGCCUUCCAGAAGUUCAAGCAGUCAAUUUCCCGACGUUGUUGUUUCUGGAUCCGUCUAUUCUACAGCAUGGGCACUUGGAGAUUCCUUCACCUGCUACAUCGGUCCCGCAACAUAUUCUACGUCUGAUAGGAGACCUGGAUGACAUCCAUACCACUGCAUCCAAGUUCUUUGAUCACAUUCAUUUGUGGAUGCCGUUUAUUUCAAGAAAGCGCUUCUAUGACAUUCAUAUUCGAACUGUUCCUCCAUCAAAGCCGGAUGUUAUCCUUCUUCUACUUUGUCUCAAGCUUAUAACAAGUUUCCCCCCUGCUAAUCCCCGUGACCCUCGGACUCCACUGUAUCAUGCUGCAAAACAUUUCUUUCUUGAUCUUGAAGGUGAUGUCACUUUGUCUCUCCUCAUCCUCCAAGCGGGAGUACUUCUUGCUCUUUACGAAAUAGGACAUGGUAUAUACCCCGCUGCUUUCUUGACCAUCGGCACUUGUGCCCGGUAUGCACAUGCUCUUGGCAUCAGCGUUAGUAGAGCGGUAGAGUCACGGAAAGUCAUAACGCUGGUCGAGCUCGAAGAAAGAAGGAGGGUGUGGUGGGCAAUUGUCAUUUUGGAUCGGUUCGUGAGUAUCGGCUGUCCGGGAAGACCAUUUGUCACUGCGGAACCUGAGCUAGAUGAAUUGUUACCGGCGGAUGAUGCAGCCUGGGAUCGAGGGGUCAUCAACCCGGACAACCUUACUACGCUGUCUGAGCCAUUGAGUGGCCAUAUGAGCAGAUUUGCUUUGUUGUGUCAAGCUGCAAGAUUGCUAGGUCAAGUCUUGCUCCAUCUGUCUAGUGACUCGGUUGAGGACGACAACGUCUGGAUGCAACUAGACCGAACUCUUCAGUCUAUGCUUGCUGCUUCUUUGGACGUUGAUGUUCCCGAUGAUGAUCAGAUUGGCUUCAUUUACAGUACGCUGGUUGCGCUUCAUACUCCAUGGUUAGCAUCUUCGAGUGGUAGCAACAUCCAACGCUCUCUGCGUGCGAGAGAGGUUAUGCAACAAAUCACGGCCAGAGUGAAAAUGAAUCUUUCCGAACGACAAUGCUUUGUGGGUCGUAACCCAGAUGACAUGUCACAUUGGGGUCUAUUUUUCGCAUAUCGGAUAUGUGCAUAUCAUAUUUGCUCUCGCGGUAAGAAACCGUUGGAACCGGAUUUGGUUGAAAUGGUGAGAAGUAUGAGGGAAGCUUUCUCUAUGAUAGACGUUCGGUGGAAUGUGGCAGGUGUUUAUCUUAAACUACUUGAGGCCCAAGAGGCUAUGAGCUUGUCCUGA